AUGAUCCCCCGGUGGCUGCUCCUCAUAGUAGGGCUCCUCUCCCUCCUAACGCCCUCCAUCGCCAAAAAAGACAAACUAAAAGCCCACUCCUCCGAAUUCGACCGUCAACCAAAUAACCUCUUCUACUUCCCGGGCUCAAACACAAUCCUCUUCGAAGACGCCGUCGCAAGAAACGCCUACAUCUCCACAGACGGCGGGAAAGAAUGGGACAUCAUCAAAGGGCCCGGCGCGGCCAUGGAAGGCGCCGUCGUCAUGUUACAGUCGCACCCGUUUGAUCAGAGCCGCGCUUAUGCGCUCGGUGAGAGCGGAAAGGGCUGGAUCACUACUGAUCGCGGUGAGAGCUGGAACAAGUUUGAAAUCGAUACUACGCCUAAUGAUGCGAGGAAGUAUUCUCCGCUCAGGUUUCAUGGGUGGGAUGCGAAGCGCGUUAUCUUUAUGGGGCGCGAUUGCUCUGUUCAUGGGUGUCUUCCUACGGCGUAUUAUACGGUUGAUGACUUCAAGUCCGUGCAUAAGUUGGCCGAGGAUGAGGAUACGUUUGAUUGUACGUGGGCGGCGGGCACGCCUGAGUUCGGUCGGGAUCUGGAGUCUGCGAAGGAUCUUGCGGACCGGGUGAUGUGCGUUGUUACUGGGCAGAAGGAUGGGCAUCUGGAGUCGUUUUUCCGUCGGAGGCUGCUUGCGUCGAAUGAUUUCUUUAAGGAUGGGGGUGUUGAGAUUAAUCUUGAUUGGGGUCGACCGGUGCCUGGUGUUGAGAUUCGAAUGGUUGCUGUCAAGAAGUAUAUUGUUGUUGCGCUUCAGUCUCGCGGGACGAUGGAGCAGACGCUUUAUAUUAGUGAUGAUUCGAGGGAGUGGCAUCGGGCGGAGUUUGGGGGCCAUCGACUUGAGCAGGAUGGGUAUACGAUUCUUGAGAGUACGAAUUAUAGUAUCCAGGUUGAUGUGCAGACGGUGCUGAAUGAGAACCCGGUUGGUGUGUUCUUUACGUCGAACUCCAAUGGGACUUAUUUCACUCCGAAUAUUGAGCAUACGAAUCGCAAUGUGAAGGGCAAUGUUGACUUUGAGAAGUUGGCGGAUAUCCAGGGCAUUGUUAUUGUGAAUACGGUUGAGAAUUGGGAGAAGGUUGAGGAGGAUCCGAGUGAGAAGAAGAAGCUUACUACCAAGAUCAGCUUUGAUGAUGGGAGGACGUUUGGUUCUCUCAAGGCUGAUGGGGAUCCGUUGCAUAUUCACUCGCUGACCUCGUAUGAGGAAUUGCAUGAAUUGGCGGCUCUCGGACGCAUGUUCUCCAGCCCGGCACCCGGUCUGGUCAUGGGCGUGGGUAAUACUGGCGAUUACUUGGAGAAAUACUCCAAGGGCAAUCUUUAUGUCUCCGAUGAUGCUGGCGUUACUUGGCGACAGGCUCUGAAAGGACCUCACCGGUUCGAGUUUGGCGAUCACGGCGGUGUUAUCGUUGCUGUGAAGGAUGACGGCGAUGCCACUGACGAAGUGCGGUACUCGAUCAACCACGGCAAAGAGUGGGAAACGCUCAAGCUGAAGCACGACAUCAAGCCACUCUUCAUCACAACCACGCCUGACUCGACUAGCUUGAAGUUCGUGCUUGUUGGCAUGACCAAAGAGCCCAAGUUCCACAUCUACCAGCUGGACUUUGACGAGCUCCACGAGCGCAAGUGCGACAAGGAUGAUUUCGAGGACUGGGUCGCUCGUUUGGAUGAGAAGGGCGAGCCGGACUGUCUGAUGGGUCACAAGCAGGUUUUCCGUCGUCGCAAAUCUGACGCCGAAUGCUUUAUCAAGGAUGAGUUUACCAUUGACUCUCCCAAAGCUGAGAACUGCAAGUGCUCGGCCGAGGACUUCGAAUGCGACUACAACUUCAAGCGUAGCGAUGAUGGCAAGCGCUGUCUUCCCGCGGUCUCUCUGCAUACUCCCGCCGAUACGUGCAAAAAGCCGGAAGAUACAUUUGUCGGUCCGUCUGGCUGGCGAUUGAUCCCCGGUGAUACUUGUAUCCGGGAAGGCGGCGAAAGUCUCGACAAAGAGAUUGAACAGCCCUGUGGAAAUUCCACCGGGUCUCCGGUUGCAGAUGGCAAGAUCCGUGUCGGCAAGCCGUCGCUGUUCACCUCGGCCAAACCGACUUAUUUCUACCUUGAACGUCAGUCUAGCAGCAACGGAGACGACGAGACAAUCUUCCAACUUGCUGCCGAUGGCCAACUCUGGAUUACCCACGACCAUGGCAAAAAGUGGGAACAACCCUCCCAGCUGAAGGGAGAGAGUAUCACCGACAUGAUCCCGCAUCACCACUACACCGACGGCGCGUAUUUCCUCACCGACAAGAAGAAGCUCUGGUAUACCAGCAACCGCGGCGCGAAGUUCCACUCGGGCGAGAAACCAACCAAGUACGUCGACAAGUAUAUCGGUCCACUGGCAUUCCACGAGAAGAACAUGGACUGGGCGAUUUGGAUGGGAUCCGACGACUGCGACGGAAGCGAUGGCACCGCCUGCGCCAUGGAUGCCUACAUCAGCACCAACUCUGGCAAUGACUGGAAGCAAUUGGUUAGCGGGGUCGGUCAAUGCGUAUUCGGAUACCAGCCCAACGUCGAAGGCACAGAACAUCUCAUCAUCUGCGAAAAGUACCAAAACGAGCUAGUCAAGAACGACAGACAACUCGUCACCAACGGCGGUGAUCCGAACCGCGACUGGCUCGCGCCGAGGGAUGUCAUCUUUGACAAUAUUGCCCGAUUCGUUACGAUGGAUGGCUUCUUCGUUGUCGCAACGUACCCGACGGAACAGCAUGAGUUUUUGAAUGUCAGCACCAGUCUGGAUGGAAAGGUCUUUGCGCAGGCGCAUUUCCCGCAUAAUCUUGCCUACAGCGAUGUUAAGCAGUACACCGCUGUUCCGGGAUCUAAGCAUGCGCUUUUCAUGAACGUUGAGGCGAACGGCGAGUCCGGGCAUAAAUUUGGCUCGCUGGUCAAGAGUAAUAGCAAUGGUACCUACUUCGUGUCCAGUCUGGAGGGACUGAGUGAGAACGACUAUGGAUACAUUGAUUACGAGCGCAUCGCCAAUCUGGAAGGUGUUGCCAUUGCCAACGUUGUCGUGAACCGGGACGAGGUUAAGAGCAAGGCUGAAUCGAAGAAGUUGCGCACUGUCGCCACUCACAAUGACGGUGGACAGUGGGCAUUACUCCCGCCUCCGUCUCGGGAUGUCGAAGAUAAGAAAUUCGACUGCUCCGUUCAAGAAGGUCAUGGCACGGAGGACUGUGCUCUGCACAUCCAUGGAUACACCGAGCGUCGCGACUGGCGGGAUACAUUCUACUCGGGUUCUGCCAUCGGUCUGCUUCUCGGCGUGGGUAACGUUGGCGAAUACCUCUCCGGCAGUGAUCAAGCGGACACAUUCCUCAGCAGUGACGGCGGAAUUUCCUGGAAGAACGUUAUGAAGGGCAGGUAUAUGUGGGAAUUCGGCGAUGCAGGUUCUAUCGUUGUUCUUGUCCGCGAACUCGAGCCAACCAAGGUCAUCCACUACAGUCUGGACCGCGGUAGUACCUGGAUCGAGUUCCAAUUCUCUGAUACCGAGAUCUCCAUCGGCGACAUUUCCACCGUGCCUUCGGAUACAUCGAAGAACUUCCUUCUCUGGGGCAAAGAUGUCAGGUCAUCUUCCGCCUCUUCCAAAAUGGCGACCAUCAACCUCGAUUUCAGCGGUCUGUGGAGCCGGACAUGUGCGGAUAUUGACUCGGACGAAGCGAGCAAGGAUUUCGACCUCUGGACCCCAAAACACCCACUGCAAGAUGAUAACUGUCUCUUCGGCCAUGUCGAGCAGUACCAUAUUAAGAAGGUUGAUGCCGAGUGCUGGGUCAACUGGCGCGAGCCACACUCGCACAUCAUCGCGAACAACUGCACCUGCACCCGCGCAGACUUUGAAUGUGACUAUAACUACGAAAUCCAAUCCGACGGCAGCUGCGGCUUAGUCCCCGGCCUACCCAAACCAGACCACAGCCUCGCCUGUGCCUCCGACCCCGAACUAGUAGAAUACUACGAACCAACCGGCUACCGCCGCCUCCCACAAACAACCUGCCAAGGCGGCGACCGUGACGCAAUGGACAAAGGAACAAUGCACGCCUGCCCAAACAAAGAAGAAGAAUUCGACCGCAAACACGGAAUCAGCAGCGUGGGUCUCUUCUUCGCGAUCGUCAUUCCCAUAGCCGCGGCCGCUGCGUUCGGAUAUUUCGUCUACACACGCUGGGACAGCAAAUUCGGCCAGAUUCGUCUCGGCGAGUCGGGUCUUGCUUCUGGUGGCUCUGCGCGCGAAGUCGCUCUUGCUAUUCCUGUCGCGGUUAUUGCGGCUGUUGUUGCUGUUGCGCAGGCUUUGCCGUUGCUGUUGAGUAGUCUUUGGAGGAGUGGGGCUGGAUUGUUUAAAAUGGGUGGUGGUCGUGGUGGAUAUCAGCGUCCGUAUGCGACUAGGGGUUCUUUUGCGGCGAGACGGGGUGACUAUAGCGUUGUUGAUGAUGAGGAUGAGUUGUUGGGGGCGGAGGAUUUUGAGGAGGAGGAGGAGGAGGCGUAG